AAGUAGAGCAUGUCAGACGGAACAAGUGUGAUUCUAAUGAUAUGUGCGGUCGUACUACUAUAGAGAAAUUAUAUUAGCCAUCAGAUAAUUAGAUUGUAUGCGCGCAAAGAAGUCAGAGUAUACGUAUUGGUUGUUACCUAUCAGUUUACAGAGAGCAGCAGUAGUUGUCAUUGUGUGUCGUGUUUGUGUUCAUGGAGAAAAGAGUGGAACAGAGUGCGCGUAUAUGUAUUCGUUGGUUGCUGUGUGAAUGGGAUUGCAGUGACUCGCUGUCGCUGCCGUCUUGCGUGUUUGUAUAUAUAAGAAAGAAAAAGGCGUAGACAGAUCUGAUAAAUAUUAAGCCUUAAGUGCGUAAGCGCGAGCUCUAGGAAAAAAAGAGCCUCGCAUGCGACAAGCUUGUGGGUUCAUGUGGGUGUGUGUAUAUGACUUAUAGCCGCGGAAAAUGGCCGAAGUCCUUGAUUCUAAGAUUAGUACGAAGAGCCUCUAUGAAUUCAGCGUGUCGGCAGUUGCUGAGCAAUUCCUCGCCUACAAGAAAUACUUAAAUUAUUUACCCGAAAGUGUUCUUUUUGACGUAUAUUAUCAGUUAUAUCAGGAUAAAAAAUUAUGUCUUCUUGGGUUAGAAUUAAUAGAUCUCAAUAAGUUUUCACGUAUGCUGAAAGUAACAAAUAAACGUAUUCAUUUACUGAAAAGCUUCCAGGCUUUAAUUGAUCAUGGAACAAAAGUUGGAAAUGAAUUAGCUUUUGGUUACAAUAUCUGCUGUCUGAGCAAUAAAGAAAAUUUUGAUGCACAAGAAAGAAUUGUUAACUUAGGUUUAAGUCUUGGAGGAUUUCUAAAUGAUGCAGGCUGGUAUUUAGAAAGUGAAAAAGUUUUACUAGCAUGUAAAAAUGUCUGUCUAUCUGGUCCACAAAACCCUGAUAGUUGGUGUCGUACUUUAGACUGUUGUCAUAAAUUGCUUCGUGCUCAAUCAGCAUAUUGUGCUUUUAAUGGGGCAGCCAAAACACACGAACUUGCCUUAAAAACAAUUGAGAAACUUAAAAAUAUUGGGUAUACAAAUACAAAUCAUGCUGCUCUUUAUGCAGAAUUUGGUGUUCUUUUCUUUAUUAGAAGUGAAUAUGAUCAGGCAUAUAAAUGGAGUGUAGAAGCAUUAAAACAAUUAAAACCAACUCUUCCAGGGCGCAUUAUUAUAAAUGUUUUACGUCAAGCUGCCAAAUCUUGUGUAGCAAAAAGAGAAUUUAAAAAAGCAGGAUUAUUAAUUAAGCAAGCAGUAUAUCUUGCAAGAGAAAUAUUUGAUACAGAUCAUCCAAAAUACAGUGAUGUGCUUAUUGAUUAUGGCUUUUAUCUCUUAAAUUCAGAUAGUAUUGUUAAUAGUGUUUCGGUUUAUGAGUUUGCAUUAAACAUAAGAAAAGCAAUAUUUAGUAAAUAUAAUCUUCACAUAGCGAUAGCCCAUGAAGAUUUAGCAUAUGCACUUUAUGUACAAGAAUAUAGCUCUGGAACAUUUCAUUUAGCAAGGUAUAUUGAAAGAGUAAUUAACUACUGAAAUAUAGUUAACAUGCUGUUAGCUAGUGUCAAAAGAGUGAAAGCCCUUAUUUUAGAAGAAAUUGCAUUAGAUAAUGCACCGACGCCUGGAACAGAACAAACUUUGUUAUUUAAAUCUGAAUCUCUUCAUCUGUCUGCUUUACAAUUAGCAAAAACUGCAUUUGGAGAGAGAAAUGUGCAAACUGCCAAACAUUAUGGAAAUUUAGGAAGAUUAUACCAAAGCAUGAGAAGAUUUCAGGAUUCUGAAGCAAUGCAUCUCAAAGCUAUUGAGAUCAAGGAAGAAUUAUUAGGUCCUGAUGAUUACGAGGUUGGUUUAAGCAUAGGACAUUUAGCAUCACUUUACAAUUUUCACAUGAAUCGAUAUAGAGAUGCUGAAGAAUUAUACUAUCGAAGCAUUCAUAUAAGUCUCAAGUUAUUUGGCAGAAGUUAUAGUGGCUUAGAAUAUGAUUAUAGAGGUUUGUUACAUGUUUAUACAAAACUGGAGGAGCAUGAUAAAUAUUUAGAAUAUAUGGAUGCAUUGAAUCAUUGGAAAGAAUUAAGGUACAAGCAUGCUGAAUUAGAAGAACCACCUAUUGAUCAAAAAUGUCCACAGCCAUUAGAAGAUGUAAUAAAUAUGUUCUUUUCUAUGUAAAAUAAGGACAAGAAAAUUGGUUAUUUAAAAAUUAAAAAAAAAAUAUAUUGCCAGUUGGAUUACUUAAAUUAGGACGUAAUAUCAGUCCUAUAUUCUAAAAUUAGAGUUUUUUAAGCUAUAAGUCCAAUAAAUAAAUUGUUGAGAGAUUGUCU